AUGAAUAAAGAUUCAACAGACAAUGUGAUUACCAAGGUUAUCGAUGUUGGCAAAAAAUUUUAUAAAGUUGGCGAAUAUAGAAAAGCAUGUAAAAUGUUUGAUAAAGCUGUUAUGCUGGCUGAGUCAUACACAGAAGAUCAAUUAGAAAAACUAAGACUGGAAUUUGGACUCUCCAAAAGAUGUCCGUACAAUAAAAACACCCUUUGGCACCCUCAAUUAUGCCAGAUUUUAGAUAAUAGAGCAUUGACCCAUGAAAAACUCUGUAAUUUUGAAAAAAGUUUAAACGAUGCAAAAACUAUGAUUGAAUUGGAACCGUAUAAUCUAAAGAGUUAUAUAAGAUACGGAAAAACUUACCAAUUCGGAAUGAACAAGUGCAGAGAAGCAUAUUUAUGCUAUUCAAAGGGGUUGAAAAUGGCACAACUUGGUAAAAAAAAGUAUGAUAUCUGUCCUGCGGAAAAACAUAUGCGUUGGAUCAAAGCCCAGAUAAAUUUUAUAAAACCAAGUUUGAAAAAUAAUAAAGAAACAAAUAAUACUGCUUCCAACUAUAAAAAAAGAAUAUCUGAAGAUAUGUCUAUAAAUAGGACAAAGAAGCCGAAGCAAUCAAUGGUUCAGGAUUUUAUAGACAUAUUGCCCAAUGAAUUACUUUGUAAAAUUUUUCAGAAUUUGGAUAACAGAGAUUUAACGAAUUGUAUGGUUGUAAACAGUAAGUGGAAUCGUUUAUUCUACUUUUUCCCCAAUAUUUUAUUUUCAAAAAAAAGUUUAAACCUCAAGUCAACUACACAAAUAAGAAAUUUAAAUUCUUUUAUAAAUAAAUGCAGAACUAUUCAGCCCCGUGUGAUUCUAAACAUCAAUCAGCUAAAUUUCAAGUCAGUAACAGCAGUUAACGAAGCGAAAACACUUGCACUGCUUUUCAAAACUUUUAAAAAAUACGACGUAAUUAAACAAUUGAUUUUAAACACCUUUGGGGUUUCUAAUGUCAUGCUAUUGGAAUUUAUAAGGGACAAUGAAUGGAGUGAAAACUUGCAGAAAAUAAGUAUUAUAUGCCAAUAUGCAUCCAUUUCUAACUUUGAAUGGCUAUUAUUAGGACUUUGUCCUCACUUGAAGGAUGCAGAGAUAAUAUAUCAAAGUUUUUCCAGUAAUAGAACAAUCAAAAUAGAUGAAAGACUUUAUGGUAGUUUUACUUCGAAUAAAAGUUUUGAAAGUCUAGAAACAUUAAAAAUAAUAUCCUUAAUAACUCCGCAAACAAGCACAGAAAAGUUUAUUACUUGGAAUGGUCCACCAAAAAGUUGCAAGAAUUUACAAACUUUGAUAGUAGCAGGAGUUUCCCUACCAAAGAGUUUCCAUUGGCUUCAUAACAGUUUCCCCAACUUGAAAACAUUGCAUUUGGAAAAAAAUUAUAACUCACCAACAUUGGGUGAUUUUUUGGGAUUUAUUUUUAACAAUAAGCUUUCGUGUUCCCUGGUUAAAUUGACUUUUAGAGAGAGCAAAAUUAAUCGCCCAAACGUUGUAUUUUCUAAUUUUCAACAGCAAUACACUCGAGCUUCAAGCGAAAGUAAUGAUUUUCAAGCAUCAAUUAAAAUUUUUAAGAAAAACUUGUCUCAUUUAAAAUAUUUGGAUUUUUAUUCAAGCUCUAUAACGUUUGAUAUACUAUUAAUAGUUUUGAAAAAUUUGAAAACUGGCAAGUUACAAAAUCUCAACUUGGGUGACUGUCCUAAUUUAUUGUUUAACACAUUGGACUAUAGUGCCAGCAAAGAAAUAUGGGAUUUGCUCCCAAACUUAGAACGGCUUUAUUUACCAAAAAUACUGGGUUUAAGCAAAAGAACGCUAGAAAAUUUUUUAAUCAGGAAUCUGCAUAAUAAGAAUAGGAUCAAAAUUCUAGACUUAUCGUUUAACCCAGAGUUGAAAGGCGCCGAUGUUUGGUCGUUAUCAACAACACUAUUCAAUAAUUACAACAUUAUACUUGACAAAUUAAUUUUAAACAAUUGCGAAUCUAUAGAUCCAAAUACUUUGACAUUGAUAAAAACCAAAGGAUUAGUUAAAGAAAUCGAAUCUAACUAUGCAAGAGCAAAAUGGAACGUAUUUGGGGUGAACAGUUAUGUUUUGUAA